AUGGGAUGUGGGGCAAGCCAUAAGUACGAGGUAAGUACUUUGUCUGGCAUAGAGGAGGAGAAGCCCAAACGAGAAGGUCUGCAGGAUCCCAAGCUGGACAACACCUUCGACGCGAAGAGUUUUUUUGGCAAUGUUUCACAUGUGACGAUUGCAUUUCGGGUUGCAGCCAGAAAGAACAGGCCUGCGAAGUAUCGGCCGGAUCCCGAUGUGGAUGGAGUCGAGGGGUCACCUGAGGCAGGACAAUGCUCAUUCAAGCAUGCUUACACUCCCAUCGAAACGGACAAUUAUUGUUCCAUGCUUCAGGGGAUUUUGGCCCCUUGGGAGUGCGCGACCAGUGGCGGACUUCGGCCCGAUUCCCUCAUUCGAACAAGAACGAGGAAGAAGUGGGUGAAGAAAGAACGGGAGAUAGCGGGAUGUUGCAAGCAGUCUGCAAAGGUACAUGAAGAUCACAGGCAGUGGAAGGGUGACCGUUGGGUGGUUUGCCGUUGGCUCCUGAUGCAUGCCACGAAGUUGCCAAGCGAGGAGUGUCACGCAGCCUUGCUCAGGGGAGAAGGGGAGGGGUCUGCAAGGCCCUUCAGAACACAAAAAGCACAAGAAUAUUGCAACAGUGAAAAGAAGAUCGAGAGCCGUGAAAGCAGAGCAGGUGACAACGAGCUUGCGAAAGCAGUUGCGGCGGCAAAUGAUGAAAGCAUUGGCAUCCUUGAUGUUUGCGACUUUGCGUUGGGGCGCUUGAAUCAAUCGCUGUUUUUCCUCUUCUACCAGGCAAGCGGCGUUCUGGCGGCGCAAGGCGCGUUUUUGCACCUGCCAACGGCCCUUUAUCAGGCGCGCAGUGUGGGUCUCUGUCUCACAUGCCGGGUUCCACUGAGUGCCCUUCUGACCAUGUGUUUGCAGUGGUCAGGGGAGCCUUUGCAAAUCAGCAGAGCGCAGCAAGCCAAGCAAAGACUGGAUGCUGAGAAGGUACAGAGAGCACUGAUGAACACUGGAGGGCCCUUGACUCUUGACUGCAGGUCUCCUGAGCCUGAAGAUGGAGAAUUCGUUCUGGCAAACAACAGAGCCUGGCACCUGGCGAACGGGCGCCAAGUCUUGGGCCUCUGGGCUCUGUGGCCCUCAGGAAUCGUCAAAGAUGUGAAAGGCAUGCGCAGCACGUCUUUCAAGGCACGAAGCGAAUGCAGCUUGGCCUGUAGUAUUGCUUUCUUUGUGCUCACGAUGUUCGACUAUGGCCCGUUUGAAGCCACGCAGCCUUUUCAAUUCAUCGGCUGCAUCUCUGUUGUGAAGGGAGUGGCACGGAACCUCAAUCUACCCAGCAACCGGCCAGUGCUAGCCCAACCAGAGGAGUAUGUUCAAUGGGAGAACAAGCUCAAGAGGUGCUCCGAGGCCCCCAUUGGGCAUGAUGGUGGCAUGGAAGCUGCAGAUCACAUCGUAAGACUAACGUGCUCGGGAAGCUCUCCGAUAGUGAGGCUCCAUCGAGCACCAGUGCUCAUGCAGCCGAGGGCAGUCAAGAGUUUGUUGGCAAGCACUGUGCAGAUGACUCCGGCCUUGAGACCGCAUGCAGUUCGUGUUGCCAGCUGGCUUGGUGCACGUACUGUGCAGAUUUCCCUUUGCGAGCUGCAGUUCACAAUCAUGAAUGACAUUCUACGACCGCCAACUCUGAGGCCCGUCGAUCAGUCGCACACAAGUAGCAUGAGGUUCGGCAUCGAGUAUGCAGCUGCAGAGAUUGCGCAGCAUGCUUCUUCUGAAAGCCUUUGGGUGGUCAUCGAUUCCAACGUUUACGAUGUUACGGAGUUUCGGACCAUGCAUCCCGGUGGUGCGCAGAUCUUGUUGCAGCAUGGUGGAUCUGAUGCAACGAUACCAGCUCAAUCUGCACACGGCACUAGCAAGAAGGCUCGAAGCUUGAUGUCGAGAUAUUGUAUUGGCAGAAUAGCGGCUGGUGAAGCGCUUUCCGCCAACAAGGCUGUUCCUGUUCAAGACCUUGGCAAGAGUGCCGUUGCCGCUGAGGCUCCUGCCAAGGUUGUUGCUUUGGAGGACCUGGCUGACAGUGGAGAUGUGCUACCCACGCCCAGCAAGGCAGCACCCAGCAAGGUGAUAGCUUUGGAAGAGCUUGGAAACGGGCACGAGGCUGCGCAGCCGAAGAAGGUAGUUGCACUGGAAGACCUGGGGCAGAGUGACAUUCCUGCUGAAACCAAGCCAGCGAGCAAGGUAGUUGCGUUGGAGGAACUUGGCAGUGAUUCACCUGCGAAAGGAGCGCGGCACGUUGUGGCGCUUGAAGAUCUCGCAGAUGGUCAAGCAGUGGUCCGACCCAGCAAGGUUCCCACCUUCAAAGAGCCUUCCCGAAGUGAAGAUCAAGAUGCCUCUGACGAAAGUGGAGGAGAGUCAGGCGAUUUUGUUUCGCAAGCGGAUCUGGAAGAGGAGGCAGCCAACGCUGCUCGCAUGAAGUUGCUGUUGGACAGCUGGGCCCUUGCCAACAAGGUUGAGGACGAAACCGGUGCGCAGACCAAGGCAGACGCACCAGAAGAUGAGGACUCCUGUGAGAUCGAGGUUGAAACAGACGACAAGGCCCCUAAGAAGAGCAGAUGGGCCAAAAUGAAAGACUGGGGAAUGCAGCGCAGCAUGGAGUUCAAAGGACGCAGGGGAAGUGCGGAGCAAGUUUCUGCAUCCAUGGAUGAGUCGGUGCAUGAUAAAGAGGAAACGGUGCAGAACUUGCUGGGCAGCAAGGUUCCGGCGACGUAUCAGGAGAUGUUCGAAUUCAAUGCCACUGUCAUGGGUUUCGGGAAGCACAGAUGGCUUCGAGAGGUAAACAGAUCUUUCGAUGACAUCGUGAAGCAUGCCGGCAACACUUCCCGACUGCAGGAAGAGUGUGAGGUUCUGGCGCUACGGAUCUGCAAAACAGUGGAUGGGGAGGUGAAUCUGUCUAUGUACCGGUCGGCGAUGCUGGCUGCACUUCGAUCGAUGCUUCCGAAGACCUGGGAUCCCAACCACGAGACAGUGUGGAACUGGCUCUGGGAGAGUGUUGAGAAAAAUCUCCGCGAGAUUCUGUACAAGCCGCGGGCGUGGGAGCCGGAGCUGCUGCGACUCAUGUCACUCUGGUCUGAGGAUGAGAAGGUGGACCUGCGCAACGAGGUCUACGUCCGCUUUUUCCAGGUGGCGCCACAGGGCCAGGAGUUCUUCAAGCAGUCGAACACCAGGCUACACUUCAUCGCCACGCGGGCGAUGGACAUGACGUCUGAGCUACUGGCUGACCCCUGGGAGAUGACCGAGCAGAUCUCUGCCCUCGGUCUGCGCCAUGUGGGUUACGGAAUCCCUACCCAUCUCAUUGGCCCGUUUGCGAAUGCCUUCGUGGAGGUUCUGCACGAAGCCGCGCCCAAAGAGACUGAAGCUCUCGAAGCCUUUAGGUGGUCCGUCCUGCUGGUUGCAAAAAUUCUGAUUCGGGUCAUUGAAGAGGGCGCCACAAUUGUGAUGAAAGCAAUCAAUGCAAACUCGGCCCUGCAGCUCAGAAAGGCUGUAGCCUUGGCUCCUCGCGGUGAGCGUGCACAGUGGUUGCUUCGCAUCCAAGUUGGCACUCAGCAGAUCUCGCCGUUGUCUUGGGCCAUCGAGAGUGGCAGCUUGGAGGCUGCACGUGCGAUGAUUCAGGAUUUGCUGACAAUCAGAGCUGAUCGGGAGAGAUACUACUAUGGAGUUGACGCCCUAUUCCAAGCUCAUUCAGACAUUGUGGAGCGGCUCUGCACGGAUGCUUUGCUGCUGCUGCCCACGCUUUUGGAUGGCUUGGUGUGGCGAUCAAAGCGUGCCAUCAAUGGUGCCAGGCGCGUAAACUUUUAUGUGAAGCACCUUGUCGUGAACAAGGAGGCAGCCUUCUCGGCUGCGCUCAAGGCCGUUGCAGAUGCCAAGGAUGUCAAGAUCAUCUCUCAUCAAGUGGUUGUGCAGAUUUCUGACACCUUGUGGUCGGGCGUGGUGCGCCGUCAGUUCAUCUUCUCCAAGAUUAGCUUCCUGUUCAGCCUGAUUGUCUUCAUGCUGAGCCAGGCCAUUCUACCCAAACUUCAGUCAGCUGACGAGCUCAACAUGCGAAUUGCAGUUUUCACUGGUCGGUUGAUAAACUAUGCCUUCAGUAUGACGCGGCUUCUUGUCUUCCACCUCCGUCGCAUUGUCAAGGCGUUCCGCACGGGAGCGACAGUCAAAGUUGGACGGGUGCCUGUCCCAGAAUACCUGAAAGACGAGGAUGCCAAAUUGGGUUUCAUCCUGCUUUGCAUGCUGGUCGCUAUGUGCGCAAGCGAGCCGAUGUUCUACUGCGCACAAGGGAUCAUGACGACAGGACCUAGUGAGACUUGCGAAACGGCCAAACCAGUCACGCCCUUCUACAUACUCUUCUCGGUGGGUGCUAUGGUUUUACACUGGUUGCUUGUGAUCAAUCUGUCCGUCUUUGCGACCAAGCUCGCGGCAUUCGUUCUCGUAUGCCGCGAAGUGCUGUCAGAGGUGGGGAAGUUUCUGGUGGCCAUCAUCUUCAUUCUGAUCACGUUCAGUAGUGCUAUUGCCACCUUGAGGCACAAUGUGGCUGAGUUUCGCACGCUUCCAAAAGCUGCGAACUGCUUGUUUGCCACGACGGUCGGCAUCUACGAGGGUGACUACAGGGAGCUUAUGCACCAACCAGCCCUUCUGGCGCCAGUUCUGCUGUUCAUCACCGUGUCGGCAAUUUUGCUGAUCAAUCUUCUGAUCGCUCAGCUGAAUUGUUCAUACGACUACGUGUAUGGCGACAUGCUGGGGUUCGCCCGCUUGGCACGUGCGUCAUUGAUUGUGGAUUCCAUGGCUGCAUGCCCUCCUGCAAGAUUCGCGAGAUUUGUCGCUGGUUUGCGCUUUGAUCAGCUGCUGGAAUUUGAUGAGGGUGAUGUGGGUCUGGGUGGAGGCAUCCAGAUUCGUGAACCUGCAAAUUUGAAUCCAACAUCCGAUGACAUUAUUCUGCGAUUUGGAGGCACAAGCUCUCCCGACAUGCAGUGGCCAGAGGAGGAGUUGGAAACCGAUCGGUAUGCAAGAAUCAAAUUCUUGCUCGCGCAGCUCAACAAGAAGCAUGACAAAGCCAAGCAUGGUUUCGCAGAUUCUGGAACGAGUGGUGGAUUCACGGACAGCAGGCAAGAUGCAGCAGCGGAGGAGUCGAGCGCAAGCUCCACCUAG